AUGAAAAGAAAGUUUAAGAUAGAGGAUGUUGAUGAAUAUCAAACAAAGAGUAGUUUGAAUCAGUUGUAUAAAGCUGAUUUACUAGAAAUAUGUCAAGUGUUAGAGAUAGCAAUCAAUGAAAAGGAAACUAAAUCAUAUAUCAUCGAUCAAAUACUUAAUCAUUAUAAUAAUAGAGAUAAUAAUAAUAGUAAUGAUAGUAUUAGUAAUAUAGUAGAACAACAACAACAACAAGAUAACAAGAGAAUAUAUACAGAAGAAGAGUUAUCAAGUUUGAGUAAACAAAGAGUCAUUACAAUAUGUAAAGAUUUAAAGAUAGAGUAUAGAGAGAGUGAUACAAAGAAGAUAUUGAUACAAUAUAUAAUGGUAUAUCAAAAGACAGAGGUUACACCAACAUCGUUGAGUGGUGGAUACUCGCUACCUUGGUCAAUCAUUGCGAGUAUUCUCACUCGUGCUUGGAAUGAUGCAAAGUAUUGUUGUUGUAUCUAUCCUAAAGAGCUACAAGAACUACAAAAAGAGUUGAAUCAUAAACUAAUCUUGUCAAACGAUGAAUACUCAUUCAAGGUUCUAGCCAAACAAUUCAACUCUAAAACCAGUCAAUUUAUCGAUCAAGUCAAAUCAAACAAUCAACGCUGUCCACAACAUGCAAUGUUUUAUAGAGAUGAUUCAUUGUAUCAUCCAUGGGCCCAAUUCAGACUCUUUGACACUGACAAAUAUGUAUUCAAUCCCGUUGAAAUACAAUGGAAGCAGACGAUGUUGACCAUCUCCAAGAAAGUAUUCCAUCAUCUCUCCACUACCAUCCCUCGUACUUUUACUCUUCCAACAAGAGAAAAAGAGAUACCUCGAGUAGCAUUUGAACAAUCGGUUUGGAGUCAUAUCAGUAAUGAAUACAAUGGAAUCAAAGUUGCAAAUAGAAUCUUUGUUCCAUCAUCGAAUCAAGUGUAUCUUGAUGCACCACCAUGGUUUACAAAAACAAUUGAACACCUAACGUUUGAUUUUAUGGAUAAAAACAUUAAGCCACUUGUUAAAAACCUUUCAAAACUGGUCAACCUCAAAUCAAUUGUAUUCUUGGGAUACGAUUAUAUUGAAGAUAUGGCCAUAACAUUCAAGAAUCUCACAUCUAUUACCAUUGAUAGUUCGAGCAAUAGUUACAUGGAAAGGUUGUUAGUGUCAUUGGAUCGUCCAAUGAAAAAGCUUAUCAUUUCAAAUCCAUCAUUCAUUUUAAAAGCAAAGGAUAUUGUACUAGAAUCAUUACAAGUUAUUAGAUUGGAUGAUAUAGCUUACAAGGAAAUAUUUCAAAACAACAACACUAGUCAAGAUCAACAAUCAUCAUCACCAAGAAACCUACCAAAUCUUAGACAUGUACACAUCAAGUUUGAAAGUGGUACACAAGACACCAUGGACUUUAUUUUACCAGAUAGAGUAACUACACUGACAGCUAGAGUGACUAGAUUGUCAGUACACAAUGUUGAAGAUACCUAUUUAAGAUUUUUAGAGAACAAUCCAAAUAUUACAAGUCUCAGAUUAUUAUUCAGAGAUGAUUUUACAACCAUUGCAAAAAUCCCACUUCAACUCAAACAAUCAAAACUUUCAAGAAUAAUGGUUUAUUUUCAUUCUAGUUUGACAGAUAUUGAACAUCAACAACUCCAACAAUCAAACAUAUACUUUAAUUCAUCAAAGGAGAAGAGUUCAUUAAAAAAGAGUAGAAAAUAUAUAUUUUAUAGAAAUGAUCAACAAAAUAAUCAAAUCAUUAAUAAUAAUAAUAAUAAUAAUAAUAAUAAUAAUAAUAAUUCAACCCCUCUCCUUCCAACAUUAUCAAACAUUAUUAUUUCCAAUAUCAUCAAAUUAUUAUGGGAUAGUAUGAAUGAAUGUAAUUGUGAUGAUUCAAUUUCAAAAUGGUAUUUUGAUUCAAAGACAAUGACCAGUCGAGACAUUCUACUUGGAAAGGAAAAUGGAGAAUUUGAAUCAAUACAAUCAAAUUGUCCUCAUCAUGGUUGGUUUGAUAGAUCUUCUCUGUACAUUCCAGCAUUUAGAUUGCGUUCUGCUUUUACACAAAAAAGUAUCUAUCGAUUAAGAUUAUCAAACUUGUCAACCAUUUCCAAAUCUAUUAGAUCAUUUGUAUUUAAAAAGUUGUUUACAAAGUUUGGCCAAAUCAAAGAAUACCAAUUAUCUGAAUUCAAUGAAAAGCAAUGUAUCAAAACCAUUACAAAGAUAUCAACCAUGGCAAGUAAACCUGGUGAUUUGGAUCGUCUGCAAGAUGCAACCAAUCUCCAAUUAACAAAAAUACCAAUCAUCAACAAAGUACGUCCAUUUAUCAAUCUUAGAAAACUUAAUCUUGAUGGUCUCAAGGUACGAUCAAAUGAAAAGUUGAAACAAUUCAUUUCAACAUUGGAAAUACCACUUGUCAAAUUGACACUCCCAUCUCAAUUUAGACCAAUUCUACCAUAUUUGGCUAAACAUGCAAGCUCAACACUCAAACAAUCACUUGAAUGCAUGGAUAUGGAAGUAAAUUCGGAACCAAUUCUUUUACAGUCAUUUCCAAAUAUCAAACAUAUCAUUAUGUUUGCUGGAUUAAGUGCUUAUCAUAAAGAAACACUCCUCGAAAUACCAUUUGUCUCGGACCAUCGGUUCACCAAACUGACAACACAUACUGACCCACAUAAAUUAAUGGAUUUUAUCAAAUGGAACCCUUCUAUCCACACUCUUGUCAUUCUCAAUACCACUCUUAUAGAAAUGUUUUUAGAUCAUUUCAAAGGGUUCAAUCAAAUCAAAAACAUUUACUAUAAUAUCGAUUAUCGUUUUGAAAUGGAACAUGAAGCCAUUUUUAACCAUCAAGAUUGCAAAUCUAUGUUUUCAAAAGUUGUUGUCUUUAAAAAAGAUAAACAAUUUAUUCAUUUUAAGAGAUUUGGAUUACAGAUCAACAAAUAA